AUGUUUCGUGGAGUUACUAUCUGUUGCCGUGUACGUGUGCUUUGUCUCACUGUAGUCCCAGACGGCGGGGCGAUGACAUUAGCGCUGAAGAAACUCGGUUACGUGCCGUACUCACUGCGAUCCGUCUUUCAACACGGACACGCCAAACAUCACCCCAUCGUCUGGUCUACACUACUACAUCAUAAUAGUAACCCAUCAAAACAACUAGAGCCAUCUACACAACAGAAAGAACAAGAAAAAGGAGAAAAAGAAAAAGAAGAAGAAGGACGUGUGGAUAUGCGACUCUUCAGUGACUACGAUGCCAUUGUUGGUCCUCCCGCAUUAGUGCUGUACGAUCGUCUCCUACGCGAAUGCCCGGAAUACACAAAAGUUAUUCUCGUUACGCAAGAGGAUAAGGCACAGUGGGUGCAGGAAUAUGAAACGCACGUACUGCCACUACUAAAGAAAACUCGUCGGCUUUCACGCCAUCGCAUUGCGGAGGCUUUUCACAAUAUGAUUUCUAAAAUGUUCCCACAGAAUGGAGAAAAGAACAUUUGGACAAAAAAAGGAACAACAGAAGAACGUGUAGAGGCACUAGAGGGAUAUGAAGCUAUUGUGUGUAAACGUAUACCAAAAUCACGAUUAUUGGUUUAUCGUUAUGGAGAUGGAUGGGAGCCGUUGUGUGCCUUUCUGGAGAAGGAGGUGCCGGUGAAUGAAUUAUUUCCAUCUUAUGAUAGUGGUGUGCGGGUGAUUGGGAAUCUACAGGAGCGUAUUGAACGUACAGAGAAGUUGACGUAUUUGUUGGUGUUAUUAUUAUGUGGAACUGUAGUGUAUGUGUUUUAUCCGGCGUUGGAUCCACUGAGGAACUACGCCAGUGAGUUGUAUCGUGAUUACCAGACCGCGUACAGUAAGGCGUAA